AUGUCGAAAUUCCUGAAGGCAGCAGGAGAACAAUGUCCCGUUUACCUAAACAGCAAUUGUCCAGCCCAGCACAGUGAAAGAAACUUUCAUGCAUAUGCAGGGCUACCAAAGAAAUCGGGGCACUCCUGCCUCAGGCAUAAAAAGCUGUAUAAAAUAGCCUCGCUGGAAGCGGCACUCAUGAACAGAGGGAGGUCCGAGGCGAUAGAGAGCACUGAUUCAACUGAACGAGUCUCCCCGCUGGGGACAGGACAAGAGAAUAUUCACCCCGCGUUCCGUCACGGUGCUGCGGGGCCACGCUCGCCUCCCUCCCGCCUCCCCGGGCGCCCCUCAGCGGGGCGAACACCCGGAGCCCGCCCCGCCGCCCGCGGCUCCCUCCGCGCCUGCGCCGUGGCGAGAGGUCGGCGCUUCCCCUUCCGGCCGUGCCGCGGCUCUGUCAACAUGGCAGCGGCGCCGGGCGGGCGGCCGCGCUGCCUCCUCUGGGCGGCAGUGGUUGCACAUGUGGUGGCGUCAGGUGCGGGUUUCGUGGAGGAUCUAGAUGAGUCGUUUAAAGAAAACCGCAAAGAUGAUAUUUGGCUUGUAGAUUUUUAUGCACCUUGGUGUGGCCACUGUAAGAAACUGGAGCCUGUGUGGAAUGAAGUGGGCAUAGAAAUGAGAAACAUGGGUUCUCCAGUAAAAGUUGGGAAGAUGGAUGCAACUUCCUUUUCUAGUAUUGCAUCUGAAUUUGGAGUGCGAGGCUAUCCAACCAUUAAGCUCUUGAAAGGUGACUUGGCAUACAACUACAGAGGACCUAGAACCAAAGAUGAUAUAAUUGAGUUUGCUAAUAGAGUGGCAGGACCUCUCAUCAGGCCACUUCCUAGCCAGCAUAUGUUUGAGCAUGUGCAAAAGAGACAUCGUGUACUUUUUGUGUAUGUUGGUGGUGAAUCUCCUUUAAAGGAAAAAUACAUUGAGGUUGCUUCAGAACUAAUAGUUUAUACAUACUUUUUUUCUGCCUCAGAAGAUGUGCUGCCUGAGUAUGUGACAUUGCCUGAAUUACCUGCUGUGAUGGUCUUCAAAGAUGGAACUUACUUUGUUUAUGAUGAGUAUGAAGAUGGUGAUUUGUCAUCGUGGAUAAACAGAGAAAGAUUUCAAGGCUACCUUCAUGUCGAUGGCUUUACACUGUAUGAACUUGGAGAUACAGGAAAACUUGUGGCUAUUGCAGUCAUUGAUGAUAAAAACUCUUCAGUGGAACAUACCAGAUUAAAGUCUAUUAUUCAGGAAGUUGCCAGAGAUUAUCGGGAUCACUUUCACAGGGAUUUCCAGUUUGGCCAUAUGGAUGGAAAUGAUUACAUUAAUAGUUUACUAAUGGAUGACUUGACAAUCCCUACUAUUGUUGUAUUGAAUACCUCCAAUCAGCAAUAUUUUCUACCAGAUAGGCACAUUGAGAGCACAGAAGACAUGGUUCAAUUUAUUAACAAUAUCCUGGAUGGUACAGCUGAAGCACAGGGUGGUGAUGGACUUCUGCAAAGAAUCAAGAGAAUAAUCUAUGAUGCCAAGUCUACUAUAGUGUCUGUGUUCAAGAGUUCACCACUGCUGGGAUGCUUUCUCUUUGGGUUACCCCUGGGGGUCAUCAGCAUCAUGUGUUAUGGAAUCUGCACAGCUGAUACAGAGGGAGAGGUGUUUGAGCAUGAGGGAGCCAAAAAGGAAAGUGGCGAUCGAGAGCUCACAGAUGAAGGCAGUGAGGAAGAACAAGAGGAGGAAAAGAAUGGAAAAUACACAGAACUUUCAGAUGGAGAGCUUAAACAGAAAGACAUUAUGGAAAAGAAAAAAGACUAACUUGUUUAGCAAGAGAAUUCUCUAGAAUUUCCAAAUAGACUUAUUUAUUGGCGAUUGUCAUUUAUUGGUUAUCUUCAUGAAAGAGGAUUGUUUUAUCUGCAUAAUGGUAGUUUUGACUUGCAUGUAUUCACAUUUUCUCAGAAAUUGACAGAAAAAAAAUGGAUGUUCUCUUAAUUGUCCUUAGUAGAUUAACAAAGAGCAAUUUAAACUGAAGAAAUUUUCAGAUACAGUUCUAUACCAUUUUUGUAAGAGUUUUGAAUUGUUCAUUUCCAAAACAGAGAUAAUGUUACUUGACCUUACUAUAUGUGAUGAACUGCUAUUAAUAUAGCCCAGCUAUGCACUUAAUCAUAGAAAAAUUAAAGCUGAAAACAAGGAAAAGUUAAGAGAGCUGUAAAGUGGUUUAGAGCCUGAUAGCUGAAGACAACUUAAAAGUUUCCUAAGAAGUCACAUGUUCUACCUGUUGCACAUUAGUAUGGGAAAAGAAAAACAAAACCAAAACAACAAACUUCUGUUUCCUCAAAUUAAAUGUAAAUUUUUGGGAAUUGGAGGACCGUUCUACCAUAGCAGUCAAGAAUGUUUACUAGAUACAGAAUAUGGGAAUUAUAUGCUGUUUAUUAGUGCUUUAGCAGCUAAAAAUAUUGGAAAAUUAUGUUAAAAACCUUUCAGAACAUGAUUGCCUGGUAAUUACUUUCUGUGAGUGCUUGCACACUUAGAGUGCAAAAGCUCUGUAAGAUUUCUGAAUCCACAGCACAGCUUGAUAAAGGAAAACAUCAAUAUGAACACCUGAUUAUUUGUAUAAUUCUCUAAUGACAAGCUUUAUGAAUGGUGUUUAUUUAUUUUACAGUGUAUACUUGAGAUUGUUAUAUAUCUUUGAAAUAGGUAGUUUUGUUUGAGACUGUUACCUUCUCUUAGGAGGGAGUUAAUGAAGCUUAAUAUUAACAUUGGUAAAGAUUGAUCAGUAUAAAGCAUGUUUGUGACCUGUUUCAUCAUAAAAGCCACUUUUAAUACAAACCUGUGACUGCAAAAAGGACUAAUUUGUGUCCAGGGCUAAAACUCUCCAAUGGUAAGCUAUAAAGCAGCCUUUGGCAUCAAUGCCUUGAAAAGUACAAAAACGAAACUUGUAUUACUCCACCUCAAACUAUUCAUGCUGGGUUUUUUCAUUUUAUUUCUCUUUUUUUUUUUAAGGGUAUAUUACUGCAUAAUACAAAACAUUAUGUCCUCCUUAUAAGGCAGCUUGAUCACAUAAGAAAUCGCUAUUUAGUGCUACAGCACUAAAUUUAGGAAUUUUAAGUAGUAACCAUGAGUAAGUUUAAAUAGACAAGUUCUAUGUUUGAGUAAAUUUGAUAAUGCUGUAGAAUUACAACCAGGGAAAAUGUAUUGCAUUCUUCUUCCCUGUGGGAAAGAAACUUGUUUCUUCUAUUUAAGUAGCUUGGUAACAGCUGGCUUCAGGUUGCCAUGCAGAGUACCUUAAGUAGAUCUCUGACUUGAAAGAUUUUGGUUAUCAAACAGUAUAAACAACAUGUAAAGAGAUUAGGAAUUUAAAAAAAAAAAUUCCAUGUCUGAUUAUGAAUACAAACCUUUUCCUUUUUGAAGGAAAGAUUAUAAGUGUGGUCAUAGAAACUGAGUAGCAGCUAUCUGAUAUGGUUUUUUUUUCCCAUUUUUUAUAUUUUCUCUGUUUUCUUUCUAUGAAUUGCCUUUUUUUCAUUUUUCUCAUUAUAGCCAGUUGUACAUAGUGACCUUAGUUUUCUUCCUUUUUGUUGAGGUUUUAUUUUUUUGGUAGAACCUUUAGGAGGUGUAGGUUUAGCAUAUAUAUGAGGAAUAGGUGCUUAAAAAUGUUUUUAGAAAGGGGUAUUUUCUUUAAUGGCAUUGAGCUCUGAGCAAUUUAUUGAAAAAAAUUUUAAAAAUCAUUUAAUGAAAAACUUGUAAAUUUCUUUGGACUUCUGCACAACUCGGUGCUGAUUAGUCAAAAUGUAGAACUAUUAAGACAGUAGUAUCUUUUCUUUGUCUCUUUUCUUAAGAUUUCAGUACAGAUCAGUUGCAUAUUUAAUGUUGGCUCAGGCUGGAAACCUGCAGCAUUUGACUUAAAAAAACCUGACGUGGUCACUGGAACCGUGCUGUUCUUUCUCUGGAGUGUAAGGAAAAGGAAAAAAAAAAUGCUUGAGUUCUGCUGCUGAACUGUUUCAACGUGGAGCCUUCUUUUUUUGUGGUUAUUUUUGUUUGUGUUUAUAGUCAGUAGUAGCCAGUUGACUAGCAGGGAAGUAUUCUGAGAUGUGGACAUGAAUAAUGAUAAAUACUGUUGUAGAAAUGGAUCACACUGGGAUCUGUUCAAACUGUAGCACUUAAUAGCUGGAGUUAGGAGGGAAGCCUGUGUGUCAGUCACUUCUGAACUCUAAUAUCUAUCAGAUGUGUACUGAACUGUUGAAAAUUAGAUUUGAAAUGUACUGCUGUUUUCAUCAAAUCCUUCCCCAAGCUACACUGAACAAGUCGUGGGGAGAAAAAAAGGGGGACAGGUCAUAUACUGGGUGUCAGAAGUGAUGUGAAAUUAAGGUGUUUGCUGUGGUCACUCAAGUAAUCUAGAAUGCUGUCUCAGGAGGGGCAUUUUAUUUCUUUUCUUCAGUCUCUAGAGGUUUCUUAAAGCAACUUCACUGUAAUAACUUUGGAUUCAUAAAAUAAUGCUGCUUUUUUAAGUCAAGUGUAAGCCUUUUGUUUUUCUGUAAUAAAAAGGAUGUAAAAGA